AUGCGCUUCGUCCUCGUCGUUUGUCUUGCUGCGGUACUUGGAGAUGGAGUAUACGGCUCUGUUACCAGUACGAAACGUAGAAUUGAAGAGGUACACCAUACUCGGCCAGAUCCCGCGCUGCCCGUUAUUCAUGCCAAUCCAAACCUUGGUGCUUUGGUUGACAUAGAUGAAACCGCACCUGACAGCGGUGAACCCCACGAAACAUCGGACCAUCCACAUGUUGGGUCUGAAGUUGCUGUUCCUGAUGACGACUUUUCGGACAGUGUCGAAGAAAAGGAUGCCUCUACAAGAAGUGCCAAGGUAAAAAGACAUGACCAAUUCCAUCCCUUGCCUCCAGCUCCGCCUCCAGUAAAAACCGAUCACAGCUGCCCGUCAACAGUUUCAGCGUUCUGUACAGUGCGGAACCUGUCCUACCUUUUCUCUGACGAAUAUGUGUACACAAUACGGAACGACACGAUCCAGGAUGCCAGCCCUAUAAGCCUCAAGUUCCCCGAUGGGCCUGGCUCUGUCAACGCAGCCGUUUAUGACAAGGAGAAGCGGCUAGUUGUGCUUAUUGAAAAUCGAACAGUUUAUGCUUACCACCCGCUCGGAAAAAUAAGGGUCGAAACUGGCAAGUUCAAACUCGAUUCAACAUACCCAAAGGAACUGCCGGACAACAUCCCGUUCACACCAAUUGGAGCGAUGAGAUGGCAUGACAAACGUCAAGUAUUGUUAUCGGUAAGCAUGCGUUUGUUCUAC